GCUGUUGCAGGUGGGCUUUAAAUCUGUUUAAAUCAGUUAUUUGUCAUCUUUUGAUUAUACUAUGCUCACUGAUAUGCCUUGCAGUUUCUAGAUGCCUGUACUCUACACUGAAUGGGUAUUCUUAUGGCUUAGAAAUGGGAAGCAAUGAACUGGCCAGGUCCUCAUUUGAUGGCGAGCUACCCACUAGGCCUUUAGGCCAAGGAACCUGGAUAGACUGCUAAAUCUCUAUCUGUGUGAUAGGAGACAUUGUUGCCUGCCCCACCCCAUCCAAGGGACUCAAGUCAACGUUUAAAUCGACUAAGACUAGUACUUUGGACUUUUGGAAUGUUACAACUUGGAAUGUUACGGCGUGUGCAGGAUUUUGGUUUUGACAAAGUUUGUCUGUAUAUAUUGUAAAUAGUCUUCGUAGUAUAAAUCACUUUCUGCACAAACUUACUGUCUCCAGUGUGUUAAAUACAACCCUGAUCCUCUCUGAGUCAAAUCUUUAGGUCUUCUGGUAAUUAGCCUUACUGUAAAUAAUUAUUUCCUUAUUCUAACAUAAAUUCAGUAUCAUAAAUGCUACAAUAUAUGGCGAGCUAGCCAGGAGGAUCAUUUGGUUGUGUUUAAUCACUUUUGGUCAGAUUAUUUGAUUCUGAUUACAAUGGAUGUGUUUUUGAAGUAUGGUAUUAAAAUACCAAAUUCCGUCUUGGUGGAAGGCAUAUCAGUCAGUCCCAGUAAUGAUGAGGUUUUUGAGUUUUUAAACCAGUAUGGUAAGAUCAAUAGAUCUGAAAUCAUUUCUGAACCUGAUUCUGAAUUCGAUGAGACACUUGUGGUUGAGUUUUGUUCUGGCACAGCUUUAGAAGCUUUGCGUCCAGUUUUACCACAUACCUUGUUAUCUAAAGAUCAAACUUCUUUUUGCAUUUUGGAUCUACCUACUGUCUGCACUGCGCAUGUUGCAAAAAACAAAACUAUGACAUAUCUGUCUGAAUUGCAGGAAGUAGCCAAAUUAACAGGGAUGGACUACAGUGAGGUACUGAAAGCAAUGAUGACACAGAUUGGUCUCUCUAUUGCUGCAAUCAAACCUGCUGCCCAGGUGAAAGAGCAACCCACAGACGCUGAGGUUCCUACGAUCCCACCAGUUCCUGUAGUAAGAAGCCCAUCAUUUGGCCCACCCCCAAUCACCAGUGGGUCAGUUCCACAAAUGCCAGUGCCCAGUCCUGCCAAUGAUUCGGGACAACCAUCGGGUCCUACUUCACAAUCCGCACCAAGACAAUCAACCAACAGCAUAGAUCUGCAUCCACCUGAGGUUCAGCAUUAUGUUGUGGAACACAUUGUUAAAAGUGAGGACAGUUCUAUACAUCAUCAGCGACUCAGAAUGUUUUCAGGACGUGUGCCCAGACCCAGCCAUGAAGCAGAUUUUGAAACAUGGAGGUCAGGAGUGGAGUUAUUAUUAAAAGAUCCAGCUGUGUCUGAUCUCCAGCGUUCAAGAAGAAUACUGGACAGUCUUUUGCCUCCAGCUGCUGAUAUAAUCAAGCACCUCAGUCCUGACACACUGCCUACUGUAUAUUUGGAGACACUUGACUCUGCAUAUGCAACAGUGCAGGAUGAAACACCCAGUCAUCCAAACCAGGCUACUGCUUCAGGUGUGGGGAAGAUGGUCACAUAA